AUGACCUGGGAUGGCCUGGGCCAGGCCCCAGAGAGUUCCCAAGCAGAGGCGGCGGCACGGGAUCCGGAGGCGGGCUGGGGUCGCGGCCCAGGGGGCGGUGCGCUGCGGGCGGCGGCCGCGGGGGGCGCUGCGGGGGCCGCAGUUAAAGCCCGGGCGCCCGCGCGCGAGUUCAGAGGGAGCUGGGCAGUCGCUGUCGCCGCGCCCUUCCGCCCCAGCGCCCAGCUGCACCGUUCCCCCGGCCCCCGACCGCCGGCUUGGCGCGGAGGCCAGGCGCGGGGUCCAUGCGGCCCACGCUCACGCCCGGCACCGGCACGAGACCCCAGACCCGCACCUGAGCGCGCGGCCGGAGCGCGACCGGCGCCCGGGUGCUGGGGCAGGAUGGGGAAAUUUCAGUCCAAGCACGCCGCUGCAGCCUUCAAGCGGAGAGAGAGCCCUGAAGGGGACAGCUUCGUGGUGUCCGCGCACCCGAGUGGCCGCAAAGGCACGGAGGAGGCAGAACGGCGCGGCGGCGUGGAGCACCGCGCACGGGACAUGCAGGAGCUGCCCAGUGGGGACCCCAAGGAGGAACCUUUCCAGGGGGACCAGUGUCCUCUAGAGGUGGUGCUUCCCCCUGAGAAGGCCGAGGGCCCGGGACAGCUCUUCAGUGUGGACGAUGGAGAAAGAGCAGCAAACCGCGAGGGCCCGCGAGGCCUGGGCAAGAAACACCUGAACAUUGAUGCACUCCAGUGUGACGUCUCAGUGGAGGACAACCGCCAGGAGUGGACCUUCACGCUCUACGGCUUCGACAACAGGGGCAAGGCCACCAGGGAGGACAUGUCCAGCCUCAUGCACACCAUGUACGAGGUCGUCGACGCCUCGGUCAACCACUCGGGCAGCAGCAGGAGCCUCCGUGUAAAGCUCACCGUCAGCCCCGAGCCCUUCGGCAAGAGGAGGGAGGGGCCCUCCGCCGGCCAGGACCGGGAGCCCACUCGCUGCAGGACGGAGGGCGAGCUCACCGAGGACCCCAGGGUGGCUGACAGGAGGUUGUCUGCGCACAUCAGGAGGCCCAAUGCUGACCCCCACCCCUGCCCCGUGCGGGGGCCAUACUGCGUGGAUGAGAACACCGAGCGGAGAAACCACUAUCUGGACCUGGCUGGAAUCGAGAAUUACACAUCCAAGUUCGGACCCGGGUCCCCACCGGCACAUGCCAAGCAGGAGCACCAGUCCAAGGCUUCACACCCCCCGAGCAGGUCCCGCUCCCAGGACUCGGACGCACACACCGUGCACAGCCGCAGGUCCCAGGUGCUGGCUGACCACACCCCACUGGCCACGGAGCCCACCGCCCGGGCUCUGGACAUGCAGCCCCGGCUGAAGGGGCAAGACAAGCAGUUCCUCAAGUCCCCCAAGGGCUCGGGUAGGCCUCCUGGGGGGCCCGGUGGGGGCGUGCCUGGUGGGGGUAAGCCCGGGAGGACCUUCAGCUACUAUCUGCCAGCCGCCCCACCCCAGGGCCCCCAGGACGGCCACCACCUCCCACAGCCCCCACCGCAGCCCCCAACACAGACUUAUGGCCACAAGCGGUACCGGCAGAAGGGCAAGGAGGGCCACUCGCCGCUCAAGGCCACACUGGGCCAGCCCUCGGCGUUGGAGCACGAGCUGGUGCGGGACCUGCCACCCAUGCUGGUGGGGGAGGGCUGCACGGUGCCUGUGGUCCAGCGCCACGAGCACCAUCACCACCACGAGCACCACCACCACCACCACCACCACCACCACCACCCGCCCUAGUGCACCCCCACCUGCCAGCUCCAGGUCCCCGGUGGGGCAGCCCCAGUGGCACUGGGGGCACUUGAGAACAGGGCCCUUCGUCCUUCCUGUGCUCUACUCUCCUCCAUGCUGUCAACAGAUGUCAUGUUGAGAUGAACACGUCUGAUGCCACUGAUGUUUCCAAUACAAAGUUAUUCUGUGUAACUCAUAAAACCAUAUGUAAGCGUAGAAAAAUACACUUUUAUCUUUCAUGUAUGAUUCCAAAGUGAGCCCCCGUGGUGCUGAAAGGACUGCUCGGAUGACCUUCAUGCUUUUCUCGCGGUGCCUUGCGCUUUGGGUACCUUGGAUUAAGCCGUGCAGGCUGGCGAGGCCGUUUUUACGUACCCGGGAGUGGGUGUUGUAGCCCUCAUGUGGUCAUUCCUUGUGAAGCCCGAGGGCAGGUGCUCCUCCGUGCUCUGCGUGUGCUGAGGGGCGCUCCAGCACACCACGCCCAGCACAUACCAAAAUGGAGGGGUGGCCACAGGGAGGGGUGAGGUGCUCCUUGGAGCGUGGUCAAGAAAUGCGGGACAUGAGGCCACGAGAGCAGAUGGGGUGGACGGCAGCAGCAUCUUAGGUGGACAGAAGGGCCAGGAGGUGGUGAGCUCCUUCUGAGCGCACACAUAUACCCUGGACAGGAGGCAGAACACUCACCCUCUGGGCUCACACAAGCCAUCGCAGUGCUCACCUGUUGGCACAGGUGAUCCCUCUGGGAGGGUCAGGAAAAGGAUUACAGACCAGCAGGAAGUCCCAGUGAUGUGGAGCAGGGCCGUCUCAGGGCCGUGGAAUCCUGGCCAGCAGCGUCCCCCUGAGGUGGGCCACUGCUGCUCCUUCCUCCCUCCGAGAUGAGCAACUGGACUUUCUGGCAACUUGAGAGUUAGUGCAGGUGAUGUCCCCCCCUCCCCUUCUUCUGCCUCCCUCCACCUCCAGUUCAGGCUGUUGUUUUUCAGUCUGGUUGUGUAGGACACAGCUCCCUGGCCCAGGCUGGUGUUAUGGGC